CGCGCUGGCGCCGACAAUGGAACGAAGCCCACAGGCCCGCGAGAACCCUAGCAAAGAAGCCCCUCCUCCUCUCUCUAUCCGGCCGCACCCUCGCCACCGCGCCUCCCCUCCCCAAAACUUGGCCCCGCCUCCUGCCGCCACCCUCCGUCCUCGCCGCGCCUCCGCCGUUCCGCCCCGGGUUUUCAGGUCGCCGGCCUUCGCCCCGUCAGCCAGCCGUCGCGUCCAUGGCGGAGGUAGCGCCCGUCGAUGUAAGAAUCCAGCAGCUCUCGCAACUUAUUAGAGCCACAGGCCUUCCCAUGCAUCGCAGCUUACUGACACGGUCGUUGGUUCUGUCUUUGUUUUGCUUGCAGCAGGGGAAGAAGGAGGAGGAGGAGUUCAGCACGGGGCCCCUCUCCAUUCUCAUGCUCAGCGUCAAGAACAACACUCAGGUGCUUAUCAACUGCAGGAACAACAAGAAGUUGCUUGGUCGCGUGAGGGCAUUUGAUCGUCAUUGCAACAUGGUUCUUGAGAACGUCAGGGAGAUGUGGACUGAGGUUCCAAAGACUGGUAAAGGCAAGAAGAAGGCUCUCCCGGUGAACAAGGACAGGUUCAUAAGCAAGAUGUUCCUCCGUGGGGAUUCGGUCAUCAUCGUCCUCAGGAACCCGAAAUGAGUUUGACGACUCGGCGUAAACCAGAAGAGCCUCUUUUCUCUAUGCUGCUGUUAGUUUGUAUGCCGAAUGCUCUGGAUCUGGGAGUGUGUAAGACAGUUAUCAAGCAAGCAUUGCCUGUACUGAUUAAUGGUUUGGUGCUGUAGUCUGGAUGUAAUGAAUUCACGUCUUUUGUAGUAUCUAAUCUAACAACGUGCACUGGUAGCCUCUGUUCGGAUCAUCAAUAUGUCUGCUGGAGAGAGUUUUCAGUUUCA